GUCGCAUUUUCAGUCUUUUUUUUUCCUGCUAUUUUUUACCUUAUUAUAUACUGCUAUUUACUGACUUCAGUCCUUUCAAGUGUUGAUGAGCAAAGGCCCAAUGGAGCAGGGAGUUUGGCAGCGGUGGCUGCUGCUGCUUGUGGGCAUCCAGCUGGCCAGUAGCCAGUGCCCAGAGCAGUGCCAGUGUGUCCGUAGCGCCCAGGUGGAGUGCUUUGGUGCUGACAUCACCACAGUCCCCAGCCCCAUCCCUGCCAACGCCAUGACCCUGCAGAUCAUCAACACGCGCAUCGCCGAGCUGGGCGACGCCGCCUUUGGCAACGCCUCCCUGCUGAUCGGGCUGCGCGUGGAGAAGAACAUCCUGUCGCGCAUCAGCCCCAGGGCCUUCCAGAACCUGCCUGACCUGCGCUACCUCAGCCUGGCCAGCAACAAGCUGCAGGAGCUCCCUGUGCAGGUCUUCGAGCCUCUGAACAAGCUGGAGUCUCUGCUGCUCUCCAGCAACCAGAUCCUCCAGGUUGAGCCUUCCCACUUCACCCAUCUGAGCAACCUCAAGGAGCUGCAGCUGCACGGGAACAACCUGGAGGAGCUGCAGGAGGGGGUGUUUGACCAGCUGACCAGCCUCACCAAGCUCAACCUGGCCAGGAACAACAUCGACCGCCUGCCGCCCCGGGCCUUUGAGCGGCUGGCGCGGCUGCAGGUGCUGCGGCUCUAUGAGAACCGGCUCCGGCACAUCCCAGUGGGCACCUUCGAUGGGCUGCCAGAGCUGCAGGAGCUGGGGCUGCACCAGAAUCAGCUGGAGACACUGUCCCCGGAGCUCUUUGUGCACAACACCAACCUGCAGAAGCUCUACUUAUCCAACAACCUUCUCACCACUCUGCCAAGCGGCGUCUUCUUGCCCCUGCACGCUCUCGCCAAGAUCACCCUGCACGUCAACCGCCUGCGGGACAUCUCUCCCAGUGCCUUUGGGCCCAUGCCCAACCUGCAGGAGCUCUGGCUUUAUGACAACGAGCUUUCCACCCUCCCCACUGCCGUCUUCAGCAACCUCACGCAGCUGCAUCUCCUGGUUCUCAGCAAGAACCGGCUGCGGUCAGUGGCACCGGGGGCUUUCCAGGGCUUGGGGGAGCUGCAGGAGCUGUCGCUGCACUCCAACGCCUUGCGCCGCCUGGAUGCCCGGGCACUGGAGGGGCUGCCCAAGCUGCAGAACAUCUCUCUGCACCAUAACCAGCUGCAGGCACUGCCACGGGGCCUCUUCGGGGCCACACCUGGGCUGCGGCACCUGCAGCUGCACUCCAAUGCCCUGGAGUACCUGCCUGCCGGCAUCUUCUCCCCGCUGACUGCCCUGCGAGAGGUGAGACUGCACAACAACUCCUGGCGCUGUGACAAGGGCAUCCUGCCCCUGCAGGGCUGGCUGGAGGAGAACCCUCACAAGGUUGGUGAGAUACCCCCGCUGUGUGCCCAGCCUCCUGCCCUGCAGGGCACCCCCAUCGCCAGGCUGCCAAAGGACCAGUUCCUCGACCCCCAGCCCCCCACUGCUACUCCCCAUCCCAACACCCUGCUCCCUGAUGACACCUCUGAGGCAGCAUCACCAGAUGAUGCCUCGAUGGAGCCCCCCACAGGGCUGCCAGCCUCCCCACAGGAGGAGGAGGAAGAGAAGGAGGAGGAGAGGGGGCAGUGGGGGCUGACACGCCUGCAGAGUGGAGUGGUGGUAGCAGUCAUCGUGCUGGUGUGUGUGGCCCUGCUGGCUGCUCUGGUGGCACUGGUGGUCUAUGGCUGUAGGAAGAAGAGCCAUGUUGUGCUCAUGAGGAUGAAAGCUCCGAAUGAAGCCUGAGUAUCUGGCAGAUCCUGAGGGCAGAGGUGCUUGUGGGGUCAAAGGACAUGACAGUGGCUCUGCAUCAGCUGCCCUUGCUGACUGGGAAGGGCCAACAUCACCGUGUGCGGUGUGUACCACUGUCCUGCUCUGCUUUGCCCUGCCCCUGCUCUGCAGCAGAGACUCCACACUGAGUGACCUCCCAUGGCUGCCCACUAUCCCCUGCCUCCAAUGCGGUCUCUCUGCUCAUUCCCUGCCCCGGUCCAGCAGCUGAGGUGUGGGAUGCAGAGAGGGACCCCUUGAGCCAGGAGCCACAGCCUGGCCACGAUGGUGCUUUACUCCAAGUAACAGUGAUUCCCCAUCCCUCACCUUGCAUCGUUCCCUGCAGUGUUGCUGCCCUUAUGCUGCCUGCUGCCCUCAGCCCUGCCCAGCCCCUCUUCCCCCCCUUCUGCCCCCACCAUGCCUCCCCCCUCUCCCUGCCUGGGCAGGCAGUGUGAGCCAUCAUGCUGGGCCAGGAGCCAGGUGAGCACCUUCGCCCCAGGAGAGCUGCAUGUCCUCGGCUGCUCUGUCACUCACCGGUGCCUGGGCAGGGCUCCACGCAGGACUGGGUUGCUGCCAGGCUGGCACACCCUGAGUGUCUCAGCUGCGUCCCAGUUGCCCUCCCUGCCUGCAGGCAGGGCAUGCCAGGGCACAGGCAGCACCCUCUCCUGCUCCCAGCAUCUGCCUGCUUUCCUUGUGCACCUCCAGCCAGCAGAGCCACAGGACAGUAGGCUGGCAUCAGGGAUGGGCAGGAACAGCCACCCAGCCCUCACUGCAUGCUGGCGCUGACACUGCUGUGACUGUGCCGUUGCCUCAGCCCCACAGGGUGUCAGGGGCUUGCACUGGCCCCACUGUGAGGGUAGAGGAGUGGGACAGGUGGGUGUGAAGUGUCUGCAGGGGCUGUGAGAAGCUCCUCUGCUUGUGCUUCUGGGCUGCUGGAGCAUUGUUAGGGCUGCUUCUACUGCACCUCAUUCCUGGUCCUCAUUUCCUUAAUACCCUCCACCAGCUAGUGAGCAACCUGGUCCCGCUGUGCUUGACAAAGCUUUUUCAUCCUCUUCUUACUCCCUUGAGUGCCCUCCUGAGUGUUCCCCGUGCCCCUGCUUGGUGGCAGUCCUUGGCCAGGGAGAUGCUGGCAGCACAGUGUGCAGGGGUCAGUGAGUGCUGGCUGCUCUGCAGUUUGCAAAUGGGUGCCCUGCCAUCCCCCCACAGUACCUGUAUCCAGCUGCCUUUUCCAGCUGCACCACGACCACGGGGGGAUUUAGCUCACCUCCGUGUGUGCUGCAGUGGCAGGAGGCUGCCUGAGGACUGCUGCUGUGGGACAAGCUGUGUGUUUGGUGUCCACCCUGUAGUGUUGGCUCAUAGCACCUCAGUAGCCAGUGCUGGCACAAGCAGCUCCAGGCUGGUGCAUGUGAUGGGUCACUCCUCUGGGCCAAGUCCUGCAUGGUAACAGGAGACACAGGACUGUGUCACGGGGCUGUUGGGUGCUGGCUGAUCUGUGACCUUCUCAUUAAAG